AUGCACCCCUCAACUUUCCUCUACGCCCUAGCCCUAGCUCCCCUUGUCGCAGCUCACGGAAAGGUGGCCGUCGUUACCGGAGACCAGGGUGGCAAUGGCACUGCUCUCGGUAUCAGGGGAGCUGCUGUCCCCGGAGCUGGCCCGAACUACAUGACAGAGGUCGACACGACCGUCUUCUGGUCUAAAGAUAUCCGCACCGAUCAGGAUAUUGGAUACACCGAUGAGGCCGGUAACAACCAGCUGAGUGACCUGAGCAAGGCUAUGGCGCAGUCAGGCUCCACGCUGCCGCAGGUCAGCAGCGGCGGGUCUGUCAAGGGCACAUACCACAUCGUUACCACUGAUGGCGCCGGUCCGUUGGAAGCGCUGAUUGACGAAUCUGCCUCUGGGAAGUGGUCUACUGCCAAGCAGGCUACUGUCUCUACUCAGCCCCCUGGCAACAAUGGCUUCAUCGCGGCUCCCAACAAGAAGCGUUGGUUGAUGGACCGCAUGUACAAACCUCUUAGCAAGCGUGCUGAAAACGUCAAUGAGGACUAUCCAUUCGCGGUCGAGAUCCCUGCCGGCACCUCUUGCACCGGCACUAUAAACGGUAUCAGCAAUCUAUGCCUGGUCAAGGUUUCCAACAACAAUGAGAACGGUCCAUUUGGUGGAGUCUUUGCUGUCCAGAUGUCAAACUCGAGUACCAGCGGCAACUAA